GCUAACACGGGAAACGAGAAGGAAGAGUAGGAGCGGGUGGAGUCCUGUCAGCUCUGAGCAGUAGAGCGGACAAUCAGCAAACUUCAUCCAUUUAAUCAUUGUAAUUAUAACUACAUAUCUGUAAAUUAUUUGCAGAUAUAACUUGGCAUCACACCAACUCAUGGACACAGCCUCCUUUUAAAGCUGUGAGUUCUUUUGCGAAGUGUGUUGUGUUUCAGUUGUGUUUUGACAGCUGGGGGUAUGGAAGUCUCGCCUAUCAACAUUACUACUGGAAGACUUUGUUGAGAGUAUAAAAAUUACCUGCAGGUUUUUUUCUAUUUCUUAUAAUUUAUGUACAAAAUGGCGGAAGGUCGGAAGGAGAGUGGACUUACUGUUCCCGAGGUACUAGGGGAACCCGAAGCAGUUGGAGAUUCCCACAAAGGUUGGGGCACUGUCGAAGAAGGCGACUUGGAAAAUGUUGGCGUGGUGGCAAGUGGGAAGGGUAGCAGGAGGAGAAGGGCCCUUUCAGCGGCCGGGGAUCGUUUCAGUCCUGGGGGAUCACCGUCCUUAGGAGCAGCAGCAACAGGAGAUGUUGAAGCUUCCCUUAUCGAGGCUGCCAAAACUACACCUCGUAGGAGCAGCAUUAUUAAGGAUUCCACAAGACAGAGACACGAACAGAAGAAAACUGUCUCAUUCAGUAGUAUGCCUUCUGAAAGGAAAAUUAGCAGCGCCAUUGAUUGCAUUAGCUUCAUGCAGGCUGGCUGUGAGCUGAAGAAAGUGCGUUCAAAUACUCGCAUCUAUAGUCGCUUCUUUACUUUGGACCUUGACCUUCUGGCUUUGCGUUGGGAACCAUCCAAAAAGGACCCUGACAAGGCUAAACUUGAUGUUUCUUUGUUUAAAGAGGUUAGAGUUGGAAAAAACACAGAGACUUUCAGAAGUUGUGCAGUUGUGGAUCAGAUUUGCGAAGACUGUUCCUUCUCAUUAAUAUAUGGGGAUAAUUAUGAGUCGUUGGACCUUGUAGCAAGUUCUGCAGAUGUCGCUAAUAUCUGGGUGACAGGCCUACGUUAUAUUGCUUUACAUGGUAAGCAAGCUCUGUAUUUGAUCGAAGAUGACCAGCAUACACCAAGGACUAAGUGGCUCCAUUCUGUGUUUGAUGAGGCUGAUGUAGAUGGCAAUGGAAUUAUGUUAGAAGACACAGCAGUGAAACUGAUAAAGAAACUCAAUCCAGGUUUGAAGGAGGCAAGAAUCAGAAUUAAAUUUAGAGAGGUACAGAGACAGAAAGGAAAGCUAACUACAAGGGUAACAAAGGAGGAAUUUUCUGAUGUCUACAGUGAUCUAUGCACUAGGCCUGAGGUAUAUUUCUUACUUGUUCAAAUAUCCAGGAAUAAAGAAUAUCUAGAUGCCAAAGAUUUAAUGUUAUUUUUAGAAACUGAACAAGGAAUGCUACAUGCAACAAAGGAAAUGUGUCUCGAUCUUAUAAGGAGAUAUGAACCUUCGCAACAAGGUCAACUGCAGGGUUACCUUAGUAUUGAUGGCUUUACACGAUAUCUGUUAUCAGCAGAGUGCAGCAUAUUUGAUCCAGAACACAAUAAAGUCUGUCAGGAUAUGACUCAGCCAUUAUCCCAUUAUUAUAUCAAUGCCUCUUACAACACCUAUCUGAAAGAAAGCAAUAUUAAAGGUACACCUGAUGUGCAUGGAUAUGUUAAGGCCUUGAAAUUGGGCUGUAGAAGUAUUGAGCUUGAUGUGUAUAAUGGUCCAAAUAAUGAGCCAGUUGUCAGUAAACGCAACAAUGUGACCUCACCAAUCCCCUUCUGUAAUGUCAUUGAAGUGAUUAAUAAGUAUGCCUUUGUAACUUCAGAGUACCCUUUGAUUGUAUAUUUGCGAAAUCACUGCACAGUAGAACAACAAAAAGUGAUGGCUCAGAAAAUGAAAAAGAUCUUUGGAGAAAAAAUAUAUACAGAGCUACCAAAUUCAGCAGAAGGCUACCUCCCUGCACCAGAGAAGUUGAAGAGAAAAAUAAUCUUGAAGGGAAAGAAACUAGCACAAAACAAUGACUUAUCAGAAGGUGACGUGACAGAUGAAGAUGAAGAAGCACUGGUUUCCAGAAGGUUGACUGAUACGUUUUUUGUUGCUAAGCGGACAAUUCGAUUGUGUAGGGAACUCUCUGAUUUGGUCACUCUGUGUCAGACUGUGCAGUUCACAGAUUUUCAGUAUUCAAUGAAGAACCAGAAAUAUUGGGAAACAUGCAAUUUCAUUGAAUCUGACGCAAGAAUAUUGGCAAAUGAAUUCCCAGGAGACUUUGUGAACUAUAAUAAAAGAUUUCUGUCACGUGUUUUCCCUGCUCUCUUGGGCAUAGAAUCGAGCAAUUUGAAUCCACAAGAAUUCUGGAAUUGUGGAUGCCAGUUGGUGGCCAUCAACUGCCAGAUCCCAGGCCCAAUGUUGGAUCUUAACAUUGGCUGGUUUCGUCAGAAUGGUUGUUGUGGUUACGUUUUACGUCCUGCGAUCAUGCGCGAUGAGCUGUCCUAUUUCAGUGCCUACACUGAGGGAGUGUUUCCAGGAGUCUCACCUCAGGUUCUGCACAUAAAAAUAAUCAGUGGUCAGAACUUUCCAAAGCCUAAAGGUUCUGGUACGAAAGGAGAUGUCGUAGAUCCAUAUGUUUUUGUGGAAAUUCAUGGGAUUCCUGUGGACUGUGCAGAAAUGAGAACCAGGACUAUUCAUCAAAAUGGAGAGAACCCUAUGUUUGAUGAAAGCCUGGAGUUUGAAAUCAAUCUGCCUGAGCUUGCAAUGGUUCGAUUUGUUGCUUUAGAUGAUGACUACAUUGGGGAUGAAUUUAUUGGCCAGUACUCUAUCCCAUUUGAUUGUCUGCAGACUGGAUAUCGACAUGUUCCUCUAUACACAUUCACUGGGGAAGAAAUUGAACUUGCUACGCUUUUUGUUCAUGUUGCAAUCACUGACCGAAGAGGUGGAGGAAAGGCUCACAGACGUGGCCAUUCAGUUAGAAAAGGGAAGAACACAAUAAAAUACACCAUGUUAAGGACUACUGGGAUCAAAAUUGUUGAUGAUACAUUCAAAGUUGCAGGCCAUCCAUUACGAGAAGCUGCAGAUAUCAGAGAAAAUGUGCAGAAUGCUAUAGUCUCCCUUAAGGAAAUAUGUGGAUUAGCUCCCACUGCCAAUCUGUCUCAGUGUGUACUAACCCUGUCAUCAAGAUUACUGAACGGUGACAACACUUCUGUAGUAACGCUCAACAUGAAGAACCGGUAUCCCUGUUUGGAGCCCCUAGGGACGCUAAACGAUAUACAAAGGAAGGUUCUUUCAUCAUAUGACCUGGUGAUACAGGAGUCAAAGUACCUGAUUGAUAUGGCAGAUUCUAUAUAUGACCAGAUUAUUCAGUGUCAGAGGUCAGGACUUCAGUUUCAUGAGGACCUUCAUAAUUUAGGGAAAAAAGAGGGAUUAAAGGGAACUAAGUUAAAUAGAGCAUUUGAAAGUUUCGCAUGGAAUAUCACUGUAUUGAAGGGCCAGGGAGAUUUACUGAAAAAUGCUAAGAAUGAGGUGCUGGAGAACAUGAAACAGAUUCAUGCUGCUUGUAUCUCAUGUGGACUGAGCAAGUCAGGAAGUGAAAGUGCAGAGGUGAAUUCCAAACAAAGUCUUCAGGCAAUACAGGAGAAAGAAAAUGGAGAGGAGAAUCGAACACUUACUUAGUUCCUAAACAAGUCACAGUGGCUUGAUUAUGGAGUCAAAAUUUUUGCUGUUUGGAGAUAACAACCAAUUUAUUCCCGUGGAUGAUACUGAACAUACUAUCAGAACCUUUAUACAGCAUUUGAAAAUACAGCACUAACUAUUUAAAGCACCAAGUUUUAUGGUAUAUACCACAAUAAAAUAGUUCAAGGAAAAUCAUAUUAAUGUGAUAUUUCUAACAUUCCUGUAACUGCCUUUGAUCUUGCAUUUGCAGCUCAUUUAAAACAAAGGCAGCACAGACUGCAAAAUCACAAUUGGCAUGCACUUUUCUUUAUAUUUUUCUUUGAUAAGUUAUAUAGAUAACUGCUUUUAAAUACAUUUUAAUGUGAACAAGAAUAUUGUACUGUACAUUUAGUGUUUUGCGUUAUAAUAUUUUUCUGCUGUGAAGACAUUGUACGAAAUAUUGCUUUAUUUUUAAAUGUUUGUUAUGUAGGUUGAGGUUUGUGUCAAAAUUGUAAACAUUUGAAAAAUGGAAUAGAGUUUUGAAACUUCAGAAAACAUCAAUAUUAAUUCUUAACAAAGACUUUUACCAAAACAAAGCAGGAAGUUGAAUUUACUAGCCAAGUGGAGUAGGGUCGUUGCCUUUUGACAAAUACAAAUUGUAACAAUAAAAUUUCCAGUUUGUCAUAGAGCACUACAGCAUGGAUACAGACCCUUUGGCCCAAUGAGUCCAUGCCGACCACGGUGCCCACUCAGCUAGUCCCAAUUUCCUGCAUUUGGCCCAUAUCCCUCUAAGCCCUGCCCCUCCAUGUACCUAUUCAAGUGCUUCUUAAAUGAUACUGUUGUACCUGCUCCUUAAAUGAUACUAUUCUCCUGAAAUGUUGAGGAAAGGAACCAUUUGCAAUGCUGUACAUCCUUCAAUUUAUUUUCAGGCACCCUGGUUACCCCUAGAAAUUUGCAUAUCCCUCAGUGGCUUAACCAGUUGGCUGCCUGAGUCGUACAGGAAUCAAAAAGAACCUUGGUUUGAUUCUUGGUUGGUUCUCCAAUAGCCUACCUCAGCCAGCGCCUCGUGUGGGUAAAAUUGGUCUUGGUUUGCACUAUCCAGUUACCCUUACUGGACAUGUGGACAACGUGUGAGAACAUGAUUAAUACAUCCAGUGGUGAAAUAGCUUGCUGCUUUUCAUUGUUAAGCUCAGCAAAGUGAAUUUAAGUAUUUUGACUGAAGCAGAAACAAAUUUCAGUGCAUGUCUUCAAAAGAAAAAGAAAUUCAAAUUGGAAAAUAGAUUGCAUGAAUUAUUUUUCAGAUGUUGUCUGAUGCUAAAACAACAUUUUGAAGUUUGCAGAAGCUGACCUUUUACUUAUGUAUUAUGUUUCUAAAUAAAUGAUUUCU